UGGAAUUUGACAAUCUAUAUAGUAAAGGGACGGAGUAUAUAUAUUUAGUGAACAACCAGUCCAAUAUAUAAAUAAUAAAGAAAGAGUAGUAAUUGAUACGGCACAGCACAUUAUACUAUAAAUAUUAGACUAGUAUACAAGUAGUGAUGUGAAUGUGAAUGGCAGUGGCAAUGGCAGCAGAAGCAGGUUCAGGAUCAGGAUCAGGAUCAGGUUAUGGUGGUCAUGUGUUAGUGGUUCCUUAUCCAAGUCAAGGCCAUAUCAACCCACUUCUUCAAUUCUGCAAGAGACUUGUUUCACACCACAAUGGACUCACUGUCACCUUUGCCACAACUCUCUUCAUCUCCAAAACAUUCACUCCCAACCCCAACAAACUCCCUCCCUCCAUCCACUUCGACACCAUAUCAGACGGCUUCGACACAGGCGGCUUCGUCCAAUCCUCUGGCGUGGAUGACUACCUGAGCCGACUCCAAGCUGCUGGCUCCAAGACACUGAGCCAGCUGAUAGAGAGGCACAGGCAGUCCAAUAACCCAAUAGGGUGCGUUGUGUAUGACUCAUUCUUGGAUUGGUGUCUUGAUGUGGCCAACAAGUUUGGAUUGGCUGCAGGGCCCUUCUUCACUCAGUCCUCAACUUCUAACUACAUCUACUAUUCUCUCCACCAUGGGUUACUCAAACUCCCAAUCGACUCAUUUCCUGUGUCAGUUGAAGGAUUGGAGUUUCUGUCAUCACUUGAUGAGAUGCCUUCCUUUGUGGGUGUCCCUGGUUCUUAUCCCGCUUACUUUCAGAUGGUGUUGAAUCAAUUCUCUAACACACACAAACCUCACUUUGUCCUCGUCAACUCUGUUUACGAGUUUGAACAACAGGUGGUGGAUUGUAUGUCAAAGGUUUGUCCAGUGCUAACAAUAGGGCCAACAGUUCCACUGUUCUACCUAGACAAGAGCUUCCAAGACGACAAUGAAUAUGGAUACGAUCUGUUUGAGCCAGACUCCUCUGCUCCCAUCAUACAAUGGCUCAACACUAAGCCACCAAAGUCAGUUGUAUACGUGGCCUUUGGAAGCAUGGCAAGCUUAAGUGCCACCCAAAUGGAGGAGCUGGCAUUGGGUCUCAAUGCCACACACUUCAACUUCUUGUGGGUUCUUAGGUCCUCAGAGGAACGGGCAAAGCUUCCUCCUAACUUGGAAGAGGAAAUAGGCGAGAGAGGUCUCAUACUGAAUUGGGUACCCCAAAUGGAGAUCCUAUCACAUGGGGCUGUGGGGUGUUUUUUCACUCACUGUGGCUGGAACUCAACUGUUGAGGCACUGAGCUUGGGAGUGCCAAUGGUGGGAAUGCCCCAGUGGACUGAUCAGCCCACUGAUGCUAAGCUGAUUGAGGAUGUGUGGAAGGUUGGGGUGAGAGUGAAGGUUGAUGAGAAUGGGAUUGUGGGGAGGAAUGAGGUUGAGAAUUGCAUAAGGCAAGUUAUGGAAGGGGACACAACCUCACACUUCACACACAAUGCUAACAAGUGGAGGAAUGUGGCUAUACAAGCAAUCUCUCAAGGUGGCAGCUCCCACAAUAACAUUCGUCAAUUUGUAUCAAAACUACUAAAUAAUAAUUUUACAAAAUAGUUUUUAUGUAUGUUUACACUUUACAUAGUGGUCAUUUUUAGUAUAUGUGUGUGCUUGUGUGUGUGUGUGUGUGACGGUACCUACUUUGUGUUGCAGUAAAUAAGUUAGCUAGCUAGCUAGCUUAUGAAAUCAUAUUAUUAUGAUUGUUGAAUAAUUGCUCUUGUUUGUUUUUUGGGUGAUAAAUUAAUAAAGUUAAGUAAGAUUUCCUUC